AUGAACCUAUCCAAAAUAGAAUCUGGUUUGCUAAAGCUAAAAAGUUUAAAAAAUCUCAAAUUAACAUAUAAUAAAUUUCCCCGAUUGAACAAUAUUUAUUUCUCUGAUCCGAUAGAAUAUUUGGAUUUAUCCGAUAAUGUAAUUAAAAGUAGUGAAAAUGUUUCAUUUCCAAAACACUUGGUUACCUUAAAAUUAGCUUUUAAUAGACUAAGAGUUUUUAGAGAUUUAAUUGGCUGCGAUAGACUAGUUGAACUAAAUUUAAGAAACAAUUCCAUUUCGAAAAUCAAUGAUGUCUCCAAAUCCAAAAAAUCAGAGCGACUUGAGUUGUUAUUGAAUUCUCUGAAAAAUAUUGAAAACCUAAAUGCAUUGCCAAAUUUAAAAGAAUUAUACCUCGUUGUGAGCCAAUUUACAGCAUUCAAAAACUUGAAGGGCUAUCGAAUUUAA